CGGAUGUGCACACACAACAAGGGACCGUAGCCCGGGAGGAUGUUAAUGUAAUUCCUAUGUGUGGGGGACACUACAGCGCCAGUUGACACAAGAGGCGUAAGAUGGUCAGGUUUUUGGCUUGAGUGAGUACAGGAAGACACGCCCCUUAUACCAGACACGCCCCACUGCAACCAGACACGCCCCUUUUGAUCCAGACACGCCCAUUCAGACCAGACACGCCCACUGGAAGCAGUCAGCCAGGGAUAUACACCAGCGCACGUGAAUGGUGUUCUUGUGAGCUGACGUCAUUCUAGUGGUGUUGUAGUGGUGCUCUUGUGUAUGCUGGAGUGCGAUUAUUGUACAACCACAAUAAUCUUCUAUACCCACGUUCUAUAUAGAUAACGCUGUACGAUAAUGUGGUAGAAGUUAAAAUAAACAACGUGAUGUAGUGGAUUAAUCUUAACUAAUUGUUAAUCUUAUGAAAAUUAUAACAAUUUACACUAUUGGAGAAUUUUGUGAAAUUUAAAAUUACUUUUCUUUAAAAUAUUUUAACGUAGCCUAUAAUUAUCUGCAUCAACAUUGUAUUAACAUUGUGUUUUCUAAAUGAAAUGGUAUUAAAAACUGUAAUUAGUAUUUAAUAAUUCUACAUCAGAAAGUUUAAAAUUUCCUGGAAUUAAGGAUUAAAUCGCCACAACACUGCACCAGUUCUCUGUAUUUCCUUGAAGUGUUCCCAAACUGGCGAGCAUGAACCCCUACACCUUUCGGGGCUGGCACCUGCCCUCGGCCUACUCCGAAUCAACCAACUGUGACCGAAACUACCCCAGCAUGUACCCGCCGUCCUGGUCGGCCAGCUACUUCACCCCACCCUCCGUCUACCCGUUCCAGACUGACACGGGCGCCGGCAAACCUUCCAACACCCCCGACUGGAAGAUCAACCCCAUGUCAACCUCCGACAGCCCGUCCGUACCCCGAGACGCACCCCUCAUGAAGUCCGGGUACGAAGGCCUGCUGUACAAGAGCGCAUCCGGAAACCCCCGGUCUGAGUACGACAGCUGCACGCGCGAUGACCCCUCAAGGUCGUGCUGCGCCAUUUCGUGCACGUGCAAUAACCACCAGAGACUCAAUGUGCUGGACAAUUCCUGGAGGAAUUCUGAGAUGUCCCCGAACCUGGACUUUAACAAAACACCCAGCAUUUCCCCCUACCAGACGCUCUGUCAGAGGGGUGAGUACCCGUUUCUAGGUUCGUCCGGCUAA